AUGACUAUUGCGAGCAAUAUUGUUGUGGAGUGGCUGCGGUCCCUGCAUCUCGGUCAGUAUUCCGAGUCCUUCAUCGACAAUGGUUAUGACGACCUUGAAAUAUGCAAGCAGAUCGGCGAUCCUGAUCUGGACGCUAUUGGCGUUUUUAAUCAAACCCAUAGAGUCCGCCUUCUACAGUCUGUGAAGACUUUAAGAGAAGAAGGCGCCGCUAGCGUUUAUUUCACUCUCGAGGAGACAAAUGAUUGCCUUUGUGACAACGUUAGUUCCAAGUCCUCCAGGACAUCCUCGGAGAGACCGUCAAGUGACAAGGAUAUUCAGAGGGCGUCCCCGACGGCUAGUUCCUCCAGUGGAGGCCAAGAACUCACUAAAUUUGCUGACGAAUAUGAGGAAGGAUAA